AUGUCCUUACAUUGGGGGUCAGUGGGAAGAAUGUCCCUUACAUUGGGGUCAGUGGGAAGAAUGUCCCUUACAUUGUUGGGUCAGUGGGAAGAAUGUCCCUUACAUUGGGGGUCAGUGGGAAGAAUGUCCCUUACAUUGGGGGUCAGUGGGAAGAAUGUCUCUUACAUUGGUGAUCAGUGGGAAGAAUGUCCCUUACAUUGGGGGUCAGAGGGAAGAAUGUCCCUUACAUUGGAGGUCAGUGGGAAGAAUGUCCCUUACAUUGGUGAUCAGUGGGAAGAAUGUCCCUUACAUUGGGGGUCAGUGGGAAGAAUUCCCUUACAUUGGGGGUCAGUGGGAAGAAUGUCCCUUACAUUGGGGGUCAGUGGGAAGAAUGUCCCUUACAUUGGGGGUCAGUGGGAAGAACGUCCCUUACAUUGGGGGUCAGUGGGAAGAACGUCCCUUACAUUGGUGGUCAGUGGGAAG